AAACGGUAGAGUAAUGAAGAUCCAAAGCCAGGCAGCCACGGUGCUUGAGCGCACGUCCGCAUACUUGAAGUCGGGCUUGUUGAAGAACAAGCCUGUAUGGUUUGACGUGGUGGCCAACCAUCCUCCCGACAGAGAUUUGACCCGGGUCCCCAAGACGCUCUUAAACUCCUCGUACCAAGAUCCCAUGAACAGAGUAAAAGGCAACAAAACCAGAUUAAGCGACCAAGAGUUGCGUACAAAGAACAACAAGGCUCACCGGAUUCCCAAGUUGAAGUUUGUGGAGGACGAAUUGAGAAACUUGUUUUACAAAAGACAUCCCUGGGAGUUUUCGAGGCCCAAAGUGUUGAUUGAAAAUGAAGGGAAUGACAAUACACAAUGUGACUGGAGCCACAUGGUCCAGUUCAACAAGCCUUUGGACGGAGAGUCGGUGGUCCAGAGAACCAUGUGGUUGUUGAAGAACAGUAAUAGAGACUUAUUUGAAAGUUAUGAUCAAGCCAGGUUUGAGUUUUAUCGGUUGAGAAUGGAAGAAGAGAUGCAAAGUGCCGUAAGCAGAGAAGAAAGCGGUAUGUUUGGGGCGGUGUUUCCAACGACGAACUUGCAGCACGGGGUGCAACAAGAACAGGUGUUUGUGGAUGAUUGGGCAGUGUUGGCGGCAGAAAAGACCACUGCUCGGAGGGCUACUGCCAUCAGUAAGACGGCGGAGAGUAAGGAUGCAACCAAGUCGAUAUUCGAGGAGGGGGAGGAGAGAAGCGUGUAAAUAGUGAAUAGACGAGUACAUAAGACAG